GCAGUCGAUUUCGUCGAAUUGAUAGAAUAGAAGUAAAACUAGAAGCCUGCAGUGUUUAAAGUGUUUGAAAAACGAGCAGUAUUGAGAGUGUAUAGACAGUAAAAUAAUUGUGAAAGUGUUGGGUGUAUAAAGUUGCGCUGUGUGUAUAUGUGUGGGGCUGUGCGCUGGCACGCAUCUUCGAUUUUAUUACACCGGUUUACGAUUUAUAUGCGCCGCGUUUUUACUCAUUUUUUUACGAGACCCUCUUCGCCGUCUGAACGCUCCGAACGCUUCGCAACUCACCCGAGAGCCUGGUGCACUUUCAGCGUCGUCUAGUGCUGUAAAACGGGCCGUAACCGCCGUAACAAUCCGUUAGUGCUGAAACAAUUGAAAGAGUGCAGAAGACUGACUAAAUUACAAUGCCACAUCAACAUCACGUCGCCGGUUAUGAAAACUUCCUGCAAAAGAUGAAAGAGUUUCAGGGCAACCAGGAGGUGUACGUUUACUACGGCGGUUCGAAAGAUGCGAACGGCUUGAGCUGGUGUGACGAUUGCGUUAAAGCUUGGCCGAAUAUAAAAUCAGCAGUGGAGAAGUACCUUAAUCCCAAUGCGCAUUUCGUGUACGUGGAAGUAGGCGACAGGCCGACCUGGAAGGAUAUGAACUGCCCAUUCCGGCUAGAUAAGAACACGCGCUUGUUACAGUUGCCUACACUUGCUAAAUGGUUGGGACCCGAGCGUUUAGAGGGCGAACAAUGCGAAAAGUUCGAGUUAUUGGAGCUGCUUUUUGGUGAUGAAUAAUAAACGCAGAGAGACCAAACAAAUAAGUUGUCAUUGAUAUAAUAUGACAGCCAAAAUAAACUAAAUCAAAACUUGUUGAUUCAAAACAUAUGAAAUGCAAACGUUUUAAUAACACUUUAUAAACAAUUAAGCCUAGAUAUAAAUUAAAAUAAUGAAUACAAACGCUGAAAAAUACAGAAUUAUGUGAAAUUUUACAA